AUGCAGAGCAGUCUCUAUCGGGAACAUUUGCUCCGCGCUCAAACGUUCGGUACGCGAGCAACAUACAAAGGUGGCAUGGUGUUCGUGAAACCACUCCGACGACAGUGUCGUGUUGAGGCGAACAAGGAAACCGCGGUAGAAGUGAACAAGGUGAAAGAUAUGAAUAACGAUCACAUUUGUCGACUGAUCGGAAUUUGUCUGGAACCGGGUCAUCAGUACAUAGUGAGUGAGUACUGUCCCCGCGGCAGUCUGCAAGACUUUCUCCGUAAAGAGCAAUUUACGAUGGAAUGGAUGUUCAAGCUGUCCCUGAUUCAGGAUAUAUGUCGCGGCAUGAUCUACCUGCACCAGAUUUUCGGUCCACAUGGAGAUUUGAAAAGCUCCAAUUGCCUGUUGGAUUCCCGUUUUGCGGUCAAGGUCACCGACUUCGGACUGAAACGAGUUCGUGGGCCGAAAUCAAGCAAAACAGAAAUUGGAGCGAACGCGUACUACGAGAGUCUUCUGUGGACCGCGCCAGAAUUGCUUCCUUUCGAUGACGGGGACUAUCCCACAGGAACUUUCAAGGGUGAUGUGUACAGUUUUGCUAUCAUAUGUCAAGAAUUGAUCUAUCGCAAAGGUCCAUUCUUCAUUGAUGAUGAACAACAACCAGAGGCCAAGGAUAUAAUUGAAGCGGUUCGUGCUCGACACAAACCCAGUUUCCGGCCUACUUUGCUACCACACGACGAAUGUAACGAUGAUUUGGUUCAGUUAAUUCGGCGAGCUUGGGACGAUGACCCUCUAGUUCGACCGGAUUUCCGCGCAAUCGGAAAGCUUAUUGUUACCGACGCUCCCGGGAAUCUGGUAGACAAUCUUCUAGACCGAAUGCAGCACUAUACUAACGAUCUGGAGGCAAUGGUACUCAAACGGACCGAACAGUACAAAGAGGAGAAGAAACGUGCCGAAGAUUUACUUUAUUCUAUGUUACCCCAAUCCGUGGCCAGCCAACUGAUCAGCAAGAAGACCGUACAAGCAGAAAGUUUUGAAAUGGUCACCAUCUAUUUCAGUGACAUUGUCGGUUUCACUUCUUUGUCGGCUGAAUCUACCCCGAUGCAAGUUGUGGAAUUAUUGAAUCAGCUGUACACCCUUUUUGAUGAUAUUAUCGGCAAUUUUGAUGUUUACAAAGUGGAAACUAUCGGAGACGCAUACAUGGUUGCUUCCGGUUUACCCAAACGAAACGGGCUCGAACACGCACGUGCCGUGGCUCGAAUGUCGAUCGCAUUCCUCAAGGCCAUAUUUGAAUUUCAAAUACCGCAUCGACCAGAUAAACGCUUAGAAUUGAGGAUUGGAAUUCACUCCGCGUUGAAAAUCCAUAUCAGUCAGGAAACCUUCAAAGUGCUGCAGAAAUUCAACUGUUUCAUCAUGACUGAGCGUGGGAUGGUCCAGAUGAAGGGCAAGGGACAUCAAAAAACGUAUUGGUUGCAUGGCGAGUUCUCAUUUGUGGUAGACCCGGUACCGCCUGGUGCCGUUCUUGUUGGUGGUCCAUAUGAUGGUGCGGUCGGACCUAUCAAAGCCGGCGCAUUUCAGGACCCGGAUGACCCAGACGGUACUGCACCUCCAAUGAUCAAUCGACCCCAAAUUCCUCAUUCAGAACCAACGUCACCUCAAGAUGCUUCAUCCCCACUAGUAUCUGGUUCCGAUUCGGGGCAUUCAUCGGCCCCGAACACCGCUCCUGAUCUCGUUGACACCUCCGCACCUGUCACAACGAUGACUACUGAUACUGGCUCAGGGGUUACGUCCGCGAUGGAACAUAUGCUCGCUGCUGAUUCGUCAAACAAUCAAACAACAGGUACUCAUGCCACCAGCACACCGGCAGAGCCCAAUAAGCGCAGAGUUGGGGUUUGCCAAUUGAACGGGUUAUCAUUACCUACAGAUCCCACAGCUAUGCAAGUGUAA